CCGACUGGAUACCAGAAGUCGUGUUUUCCAGCGGCCACCCACUGGACAGUCUACUGGAUUCCACCUGCUGUCAUCCCGGCGGAUUUCCACCGGUCGAAUCUAUAGCGGUGUAGGAGGCAACUUAUUCCACUUAUUACCUCGACCCAGGCUCUGUCUCCGCUCUUGUCUAACGGGAACACGACAAGGAAAAAUCAGGAUAUUCUCUCUGCCAAGACUGUACGAAGGCUGAGUACAAGGAAGUCCGUUUGCAGAAGAAGCAUUUCUUCGCGGAAAUGUCGAUGCAUUUGUCUGGACAGAUUCCUCCAGAAAUCUGGCAGAUGGUUCUCAGAUAUCUUCCGCAGUCCACGACACGAGAAUGCCUUUUUGUCUCCAGAGUUUUUCACGACCUCGCCGCUCGCUCGCUCUUCUCGACACUCCGUAUUCAGUUCGGAUCCUGGCAGUUCAUCUACGGUGUCCCUAUCACUGUACCCAUACGGAGUAGCGGGCAGCGGUCGUGCGCCGCACUGCUACGCAUCAUCACUGAUCCCGUCUUCGCCUCUUAUGUCAAACAUCUCUACAUACUCGCAUUCGCAACCAAUGAUGCGAUAUUCGAGUUAUGCUGUCUUACGAAAGCCAUCAGCGCUUUACACAAUCUGCGCACCUUCGUGUGGUACACUAACACCACCAUCACAACCAUGAUCCCAGACACCGAGCUCCUGGAGACACUGGCGUCGACAUGCACCCACCUUCGCGAAUACGACCUGCCGAUUCAGUCUUUGGAUGCGCUGCACGCUCUCAAGCAAUUGGCAGCAACGAACAUUGCCCUAUAUGACGCUCAGCGACAACCCUGGGAUGUCGACCCACAGGCGUACGACACGUAUCGUUCGCGCUUCGCAUUGCUCCUUGAGGCCCGCAGAGGAUCAUUGGCUAGGCUCACCGCCCCUAGCCAGGCGAUUUGGGAGUGUCCGAUACAUAUCCUGCAGGAGUUGAGUGAUCUGACGAUCGACGACGCCUGCCAUCUCGGCAACAUCACCCUCCUUUUUCAUCACUGCCACGAGCGGCUCGAGUCCCUGCAAAUUGUCCUCUACUGCCCGGGUGAUUCAACGGAUCUCUUUGCUGCUCUAGCGGCAAACCCCAACGCGCUUCCUCACCUCACGCACCUGAAGCUCUAUUCGCCUUCCGCGAAUGAAAUGGAGCGGAGGGCGUUUGGGGGCUUUAUUCAGACGAAGAAGAAACUACGGUGUCUGGACUACAAUGAUGAACAAAGCACCAUCGAUGACUUAUCUCUUGUCAUGCAGUCACUACCGGACUUGGAAGUGCUAGGCAUUCAUCUCGCAUUCCAUGUCAACGGAGAGGCCCAGCUCUGCGCUUUGAAGCGUGCAAUCCCUGGAAGCUUAACAGCGUUACGUCUCUGGCUUGACUACAGCGACUUGGACCAACACUGCUCGUGGAUUGAUCUGUGGACAGGCCUCCCGAAGCUCGUCUUCACCCACAUCGACGACAACAAGCAUCAUCCGAUCGUGGAAACGCUCGAGCUCGCAACCGCGUGCACGUCUCUUAGGCUCGUAGGCCAUGGUCCGUGCUUCCGCGAGGUAGAGCGUAUGAACGACGGAGUUACGCUCAGCAACCCUUGGUCUCAGACUAAAGUCGAGUUUCGGACGGCCGCUGAUUUUGGCAGUCGAGACUGGGAGUGGCUGAUGCGGGACUAUAUACCGCCCGAACACGUUCGUCGGAUUUGAAGUGUGAUGAGUAUGGUGUUGACAUAUGGAACAGCCGUCGCUGAGGGACAUGAUAAUGUGUGUUCGAGGUAUCACAGCAUACAAAUUGUCGAGUAGUACUUCGAAG